GAUUUGUACAAAAUGCCCGAAAUGAGUGACGCGAACAACGAUAAGAUUGUCGUCGUGCCCCAGAGAAGCCUUCCUCCCUCUCCGCCUCCGUCUCCGUCGCCUCCUCCCGACCCAGCACCAGAACCGCCGGCGCCUGCUGUCGCGGCUGCGAGCCGUCCAUCCCGCGGCCUUGCUGCUGGCGACGAUGCAUUUCCCUCUGCGGUGGCCGACGACGAGAAUGAAUUGCCGCCUUCAUACGAGAUUUCCACGCUCCCCCGGCCAAGCGAUGCCCACGUCCACAUCACCGUCAGAUCCAACACCAGCGCCUCAUCCCUGCCCUCGCUCACGGCAGGCCGGCCCGGCGCCCGCGGCAGCAUCAACACGCAGGGCUACGUCCUCACCGCGCCCAUGAGCCAUCAAACCACCAGCUCCCGCCACAGCGCCUCCCACAGCCAUCACGACGACCACGACCCCAUUACCUUUUACGGCGUCGAAGACCCCUGGGUGCGGCACAUGUACAGCGGUUCUGAUUACACGACGGCAUGCCCCUGCUGCUGCUUGAGCUCUUGCUUGGCUGACGGGUGUUGCUUCUCCAACCGCCAUGGAUGCUGCUUUUCCGAUCGCGGCGGCCUCUGCUUUUCCGAUCGUCGAGGGUGCUGCUUUAGCGAUCACGCAGGCUGUUUCUUUUCGGAUAACGGAGGGUGCUUCUGUUCUAGCCAACCAGGGUGCUGCUGUUCUAACGAUGAAGAUGAGAGGCUGCCGGUGAUGCAGAGUAAUGCGAGGUCUGUGUGAAGACGUUUUUUCCUUGAAACUCUUUUUUU